AUGUCUAUAAAAGAUUCGACAAAUUCGACGAAUGAGAGCGUACUCGAGAGUCAGUCUCCGGCCCGCUUAGAAGACUCAAUCCCGAUCGCAGCUCUGGAUGCCGAGAAGGAUGAGCCCAAAGAGCGUGAUAUCAAAGGCAUUCGCUGGCUACUCAUUUGUAUUGCCGUCUUCUCUGCCAACCUGCUCUAUGGCUUGGACAAUACUAUCGUAGCCGACAUCCAGGGAGCCGUCGCAGGCGCGUUCGACGAGUACUCCCGGCUCGGUUGGCUCGGUGUAGGCUUCACCUUGGGAUCAGUGGUUUUCAUUCUCCCAUUGGGAAAGGCAUAUGCUAUUUUCGAUACCAAAUGGCUCUUUCUCGGCUGUUUGACCAUGUUUGCCGCCGGUAGUGCCCUCUGUGGAGCAGCUCCCAGUAUGAACGCUAUCAUUAUUGGGCGUGUGUGGGCGGGAGCUGGUGGAGCGGGCAUGUAUCUGGGAAAUUUGAACCUGAUCACCAUUUUGACCACCCCUAAGGAACAGCCCGUGUAUGUGGCCCUUGUCGGAUUGAUCUAUGGUACCGGCUGCAUCCUGGGCCCUAUCAUUGGAGGCGCCUUUGCUGAUAGUUCGGCCACCUGGAGAUGGGCAUUCUAUCUCAACCUGGUUAUCUUUGGUGUGAUGUCACCCGUCUAUAUCUUUCUCUUGCCUUCCUUACCGCGCCCGGCAGGCGAAGGCCGCAACUUCGCCAAGAAGCUUGUGGAGCUGGACUGGGUGGGCACCGUCUUGUCGGCUGGCAUGCAUGUCGCCAUCAUUCUGUUCAUCGUCUUUGGUGGAGUUGAAUGGCCCUGGACAGAUGGGCGGAACAUUGCACUAUAUGUGGUCUCUGCUGUCUUGGUUGUGGCCUUCGUGCUGAGCCAAUACUAUUGUAUUGGAACCAACAAGGACGAGCGAUUGUUCCCUGGCGAGUUCUUGAAGGACCCCACGAUGAUUGUCCUUUAUGUUUUGAUGGCCUGUGGUGGUGCCGCACUCUUCGUGGCGGUCUACUAUAUCCCGCUCUACUUCCAGUUCGUUCACGGUGACUCUGGCAUCAUGUCAGCGGUGCGACUAUUGCCAUUCAUCUGCUUCUACGUGGCGACCAUCUUGCUUUGUGGAUGGCUCAUGCCCAAGACUGGCUACUUCAUCCUCUGGUACCUCGGAAGUGGUGUUUUCAUGCUUAUUGGCUCCGUGUUGAUGUACACCGUGCGGUUUGAUACCAGUGCCGCCAACGUUUAUGGGUACUCCAUCCUCAUGGGCUUGGGAAUGACCACAACGCAGGCCGCCUACGCAGUCGGACCAGCACUGGUGACCCCAGACCGUGUGGCUGAGUGUAUUCAGUUCAUGAACAUUGGCCAGGGCCAGAGUCAGCUGUUGGGACUGGCCAUUGCAAGUGCCAUUUUCCAGAGUAAGACUCUCAGCGGGCUCAAAUCACUGUUGGGAGGUAAGGGUUACUCGCAGGCAGAAAUUGAAGGUGCAGUCGCCGGCGCUCAGAGUACCCUAUUGGAGCGGCUGCCCCCGGCCUUGAAGGUGGAAGCCUUAUCGGUGAUUGUCGAUUCAAUCGAUGCUGUCUACGUGAUGGCUAUUGCGGCCGGAGCCCUCUAUGUGAUUGCAUCUUGUAUGCUGCCGCGUCGUCGGUUCUAG